AUGUCUUUAGAGCCUCGCCUUUAUCAUGUGGAACAACAAAUACAGCAUUUAAGUAAACAAGUCGGACUUCUCAAGCAGCUUAUUACGACGGAGGUAACUGACCUCCGGAAAAACAUGGAACAACAAGUGGCGGAGGUGAAGCAAGUGGUGAUGUAUCAAGAUCGCCUCUAUCAAGAGAGAAUGUCGAAAUUGGAAGUUCGCAUUCAACAGCUAUCGGAAUUUUGUUUGCAUUUGGCUCGUUCUACCGGGCAUGUUUCCCCUUCAGUUGCACUGAUUCCUACUGGUAUGGUAGCUGCACCAGCUGAAGUUCGAACUCUGGAACAAUUUACCGCCUCCGAAACCAUAAAUAGAAGGACGCCUGACGGCGAUGAAAAUGAAGAAGAGAAUCAGAAUGAGGAGAUGAAAGAUGUUAAUGGAAUAAUAGAAACAUAUCAGGAUCGUAUCAAUACAAUAUACGACUUUUACACGGUGUCAACAAUUGAUAUUUUUCACCCUACGAUGACGCUAUCUCAUUUUUCGCGUAUGGUAAAAGACUGUCAGUUGUGCGGGCUUUCUCAAGGAACCUCUACCGAGUUGCUCUGGAUGGCGGUGAUGCGCUCAUUGAACAAAAGGCAUCACAAGCAGUUGGAUAACGUCCAAAACCGCGGCAUAACUUUGGGAAAUCAGGUUUCUACUGAGCAAAGGAAAAAGCUUUUUGCCUUUCAACGCCUUGAGGCAAUUCCAAAGGAAUGGUUUGGAGAAGCUCUGUAUAUUCUUGCAAUGGAGAAGCGUCGUUUACGACUGCUUCCGGAUGGUAGUACGAUUAUUGAUACAGUAAGCUCUUUAGAUGAAAAACCGAAAGAUAUAUUUCUUUCAUUUUUGUUGUAUCACAUAUUUCCAUAUGUUGAUGCAGCCAUAGAGGAAAAGCAACGUUCACAAGGUUUAGUUUUUCACCUUGGCUUAGGAAUAAAUGGUGAAGAUAAUAGUGGGUUUUUUUCUACGGUAAGCAAUUUGAUUCAAUCAUACAAAACGGAUGCUGUUGCGUCUGUUGUAAAGGAAUUUAUUGGGCGGAUCAAAGAAAGUUAUAACAGCGCCAUUAGGACUGCACAGGGAUACCACAGCACUAUGAUGAACUUGGAUGGCUUUGUUGAAGUCGCCCGUCGGCAUUUAUUGCUUCCGCUCAUUCAUAAGCCAGAUUUGCGGCACAUUUUUCUUUACUGUUGUGCUGUGGAAAAGGAAAAGCACCCAGAGACGGAGGAAGGAAAUAUUUCUGUGGGUACGUUUCUCCUUGCGUUAUAUCAGUUGGCAGAUCGGAUCUAUGGUGAUUCUCUUAUGAGAAAAAAAUUUCCUACUCCCGAAGCACGAAUGAAAAGGCUUUUAGCCAAAAUGUUUUUUCUGAGUUGA